AGUGACAUCUGUUAUUUUGCUUCUUGACGUCACAUCUUGUUCGUUGGUGAAGGAGUUACAAGGAUUAGGAUGUCUCAAAGACUUGUUAGUCCAUCCGAGGAGACAUCGUGAAGAGAGUUGUAUGUGAUCUGAUCAUCAAAGCACUUCACCAGGACAGAAUUCAACAUGCGCUUGAAAACGGGAUGCUUGAUAGUGUCGGUUAUCGACUUGGUGCUUCUGAUUCCCGAAUUCGUUUCCGGUGGUGACAGUGCCUCGUAUCGCCUCCUGCGGAUAUCCCAGGCCCGUCUGAAUUCGGGCAGUCUCAAAACGAGUUCUCGUAGGGUGCCACCAUCCAGGUAUAACUACCUCCUCUGCAGUCGAUCCUGUAGCGAGAUGGAAUGGUGCAAUCUGUGGUGUAAGGAUCCUUCGUCCGAUGAGAUCUGUCUCUUCUACGACAUGUACGUAGUGGCGCAGUAUAAGGAGACGGAGCUGGCGGAUGCCCUCGCUUGCUACCUUCAGAAGAGACCUGACUUCGUCGUCGGCUCCAUCGUGAUCGGACCUCCUCCAAGAGCUGCCUUUCCCACACGUGUGAAGGAGAACUUGAUCGAUGGCAUCUACACUCGAACCAUCGGAGAAUGUUACGUACCCAAUGAAUACUCGAACCCUUUCUUCAAGAUUGACUUCGGAAGCGUGAAGCCAGUACAGAAGGUCACGAUGGUCCUUCAGCCCAACUCUGUCGCGGAAAACGUAUACGACAUAGAAGUCCGCGUGGGAACAGAGGACUUGCCAGAAACAGACCUGGACCAGUACAGGCUCUUCGGCUUCUUCCCGGGACCCUCGUCCGCGGGCCUGGCGAUCGUCUUCAAGCGUCCCGACCCUGCCAUGGCCCGAUAUGUCAUUUUUCGACGAUUCCCCGACCCUGCCCUGUGUGAUCCCAAUGCCGUGCCAGGCAUUUCAUUCUGCCUGCUACAGCUUUCCUGGACACCUGUACCACCUUCCUCCCAGAAAGAUGUGACCAGGAAACUCAGAACCAGAUAUGUUCAAAGAACAAUAGACGGAAAUAACAUCUCUCAUAUAUGUAAUUCAGGAUCUGAUCCUUGUCAACUCGCCGAGUCCUUUUUUAGGAAUUCUCGAUCUCUGGAUUCCCACUCGAGGGUCACUCGAUCGCCGGGAAUGAGGAACACUCCAUUACCUGCAAUUCACACGGGAAUGGAGGUAUAUCUGAAGAGGAGGUAA